AUGAAGGCGAUCGACAGCAACCUCGGGGCCAACACGCCCGCGAGGGCUUCCAACUCCAGCAGCAGGACCGCGUGA